AUGCUGUUUCUUCAGAUGAACUCCCAUGGAACGAUCCUGUUUAAAGUCAUUCCUGAUGCAGCGCAGAGCAGCGGAAACAGCCAGAAGACGGUGUUCAUGAAGGCGAUGGUGGACUACUGCCCCCUGCUGGACACCUGCAGCCCCUGCCCCCCUGCAGGCAUGAUGUUCAGCAGAGGAGAGCUGCUGCAGGUCGUGGAUCAGAGCGACGCCAGGUGGUGGCAGGCUAGGAAGAUAAGCUCCUCCCCCAUGAAGAUAAGCUCCUCCCCCUCCUCUUCCUCCACCUGCGCCGGGAUCAUCCCCUCCGCUAGCAUGCUCCGGAGUAAGCAGAGGGAGAAUUGGUGGUCCCAGCCCCUUCAGGUUCACACCUGCAUCAAACCCUUGACCGUGGGAGGAAGCGCUGGCGAGGCGGACUCUGAUGUUACCGAUGGGAUUUAUCUCGCUGGUUUCCGGCGUAGUUUCCGUCUCUGGAGGCGCACGUCGUACAGAAGGAGGCGUCAGUCCUGCAGCUCCUGCUCCCCCGACACCAGCUCCCUCUGCCCCCCCUACGAGGAGGUGGCUCUAUACCAGCGCCUCCCCGAGGAGAACCACCGCCUCAUCAUCCUGCUCGGUGCGACCCGGGUUGGAGUGAAUGAACUGAGGAAGAGUCUGAUCAAACUGAACCCGUCCAGCUUCCAGAGUCCCGUCCCUCACACCACUCGUCCAAUGAGAGCAGGAGAGCAGACAGGAAGAGAAUAUCACUUCAUCACCAGAGAGCUGUUCGAGUACAUGGUCUGUAACCACAG